GCCUGUAUACUGAGACAGCGGGUGGAUCGAUCAGACGCAUCGCUGUCAAAAGUCCGUACACAAACCGCUGGGCCUACAAUUUCCUCCGAGUACAUGUACAAAUAAGCGCCCGUAUUAUGGCGUUCCUGGAGUGGAGGCGCUUUAAUUUCUUCGACUUGAAAAAGGAAGUUGACGCGGGGAGAAUUGCCAAAGCGUUCGGGGAUGCGCAAGUUGUGGCAGCUACCAGUGGAAAUGGCAAUCUGGUAUUCGGGGACAACACAGGCAACGUACAUUUAAUAAACAGGUCGUACGAGAUUACGACUUUUCGAGCUUACGAUAUUACGCUUGCGUUGGCGCAACAAGUUCAACACUCCACUUUUCUAUUCACUAUCGGUGAGGAUGAGCCUGGUUGUAAUCCUACUAUAAAAGUUUGGAAUUUGGCCAAGCCUGACAAACAAGGUAAUCCAACAUGCAUUCGAAUAAGCAGAGCCAUACCUAGCUACAGAGCGGUCCCAGCGACAGCUUUAUGUGUACAUACUAGUCUUACAUUGAUGGCUAUUGGAUUUGGGGAUGGCUCUAUUAUGUUGUAUAGAGGCGACCUGACUCGGGAAAGAAAGAAUAAAAUAAAAGUCUUGAAGGAUGUCAAUCUGUCCAUUACCGGCCUCGCGAUACGAGCGACCGGUAAACAGACCUAUCUGUUUGUUGCUACGCAAAACUGCGUGUUCCUGUAUAAUGUUACUGUUAAAGAUAAGGAAUUUAAAUCUACUUUGGAUACUAUGGGCUGUGCACGAAAAUGCAGCGUGCUUGCCGAAUCUAUGCAGGACAGUCACUUCAUGAUUGGACGUAAUGACGCUAUUUAUUGUUACACGCCAGAUGGUAGAGGUCCGUGCUAUGCGGUAGAGGGUCAAAAGAUAAUGUUAGAAUGGUUCAGAACGUAUCUAGUGAUAGUAGCGAAAGAAGCGGCGAAUGUUCCAAGAACGACAACAACUAUAUCCGCUAAACCCAACACGAUAGAACCGAUACCUCCCGGUGUCGACAAGCAUAUUAUCACUGUGCUUGACAUUCAAAACAAGUUUAUCGUGUUCUCCGCGCCGAUGGUGUCUGUCCAAGCAGUCUUGUCUGAGUGGGGUGGAUUUUUUAUACUUAGUGGAGAUAAUAAACUAUAUCAUUUAGAUGAGAAAGAUUUACAAUCUAAAUUAGCGUUGCUUUUUAAAAAAAAUUUAUAUGAUGUUUCUAUAAGAAUAGCUAAAAAUCAACAAUAUGAUGCGGAAGGUCUUAUAGACAUUUUCCGUCAAUACGGAGAUCAUUUAUAUUCCAAAGGAGAUCAUAAUGGUGCUAUAGAGCAAUAUAUAAAGACUAUAGGCAAACUGGAACCAUCUUAUGUGAUAAGAAAAUUUUUGGAUUCUCAACAUAUUGAUAAUUUGACAACAUAUUUGCAAGCGUUGCAUAAAAAUGGACAGGCAACGGAGGAUCACACUACCUUGUUAUUAAAUUGUUAUACUAAGCUUAACCAUACUGAUAAGUUAAAAGAGUUUAUUAUGACAAAAGAUCGUGAAGUUGAUUUUGACGUGGAAAUAGCGAUAAAAGUUUGCCGUCAGGCAUCGCCGGAGGAUGCCUUGUUACUUGCACAGAAACAUAGUAAACACGAAUGGUAUCUUCGUAUUCAAAUCGAAGACAAACAGGAAUAUAAAAAGGCUUUAGAGUACAUGGCAACAUUAGAAUUUGAAGAGGCGGAAGCUAAUAUGAAGAAAUAUGGAAAUAUUUUAAUAGAAAAUGUGCCAAAUGAAUCUACACAAUUUUUGAAAGCCUUGUGUACGAAUUAUAAACCUUCCAACAAACCUCUUGUAGAUCAGGAAGCUUUAAAUGGCUACACAGAACAGCAUAUCGAUAAAGCUAGCCCAGAAGAUUUUAUUCAUUUAUUUUUAAAUAAUUCUGAACGGCUUGUAGAAUUCUUGGAGCAUUUAGUUAAAUCAGAUACAAGAUGGAGUACGCUUAUUUACAAUACAUUAGUGGAACAUUAUUUACACGUUUGGUCGGCAUUAGAUAACGAUGUAGCUAAACUACAAUAUGAACAGAAGAUUGUACGACUUCUGCAGAAUUCCGAGGCUCGUUAUGACAAGGAUCAGAUAUUAAUACUUUGUCAUCAACAUAAUUUUAGAAAAGGAUUACUCUUUCUUUAUGAAGAGAGCAAAUUAUAUCAAGAAAUAUUGAGAUUUCACCUAUGUGAAGGAGAUUGUGAACAAGUCCUUGCCACUUGUAAAAGAUUUGGUCAUCAGGACCCUAAUUUGUGGGUACAAGCUUUAUGGAGCGUAGCUAAAAACAAGGAUGCGCCAACUAAACUUCUCGCGGAUAUAUUAGCUUAUAUCGCUCAAGAAAGACUGUUAUCUCCUUUGAUGGUCAUUGAUGCAAUUUCCACAUCGUUGACUUGCACAUUGGGAGACGUUAGAAGUUACUUGUGCAGUGUAUUACGAACGGAAAACGAGCAAACUCAAGCUGAUACGGAAUUAACAGAGAAAUACAGAGCUGAUACUCUUAAACUGCGGGAACAAAUAGAAGCAAUCAAGAACAAUACGAUAAUCUUUCAAGGAUCGCGAUGUAGCGCGUGUCAUCAUCAGUUGGAGUUGCCGUCUGUGCAUUUCAUGUGUCAACAUUCGUAUCAUCAACAUUGUUUUCAAAGCUUUUCGGAAAAUGAAAACGAAUGCCCGGCCUGUUUGCCAAACAACAAGAAAUUAUUGGAUAUUAUAAGAGCUCAAGAGCAGUCAAGGGACCUACACGAAACUUUUCACAGUCUUCUCGAUCGAGCGGAAGAUCCCUUUUCAUUAGUAGCUGAUUAUUUUGGUAGAGGUGUUUUUAAGAAACUAACAGUAAUUACUGAUACAGACAAAUCGUUACCCACGCCGACCAAGUUGGAAGAACCCAAGUUAAAUUAUGGGCCAGGUGCAGAAGCGAGACUCAGAUUGAACGAAGGAAAGAGUUCUAUUUCAGGAAAAACAGAGCCUCGACGACCCGCAUACGAUGUUCCUACGCUAAUAACGGAAGAGCGUUAUCGGAACUUUGUCAAGCCAGACGUAUAUUCUUCAUCAUUGGAGGCGAAUAUAUCUGGAACGGGAAGCGGUUUAUCAACGCCACGUGGUAACUCGACUAAAGCCUCGCCGGUGCCAAUCAGAGAGGCCCGUAUUUUAAACAGUACCACACCAAAGUCAUCGCCAAUCGAAAAGCCCUUUGUUUCUUCGAAAAUUCCUGUUGUGCCAUCAAAUCCCUUUGAGACUGACGAUUAUGACGAAUCGAAAAAUCCCUUCGCCAAUGAUGACGACGAUGACGCAAAUAAUCCUUUUAAAGAUGACGAUGACAACGAUAAUGAUAGGGCUUGCAAUGAUGACGAUGAUUACAACAAAAAUCUAAAUCCAUUCGGUAGGUAAGCCGCGAAUAUAUUUCCCCCAUGACAGGUUUGAGAUGAGAUACAUAUAAGUAUAUGUAUAUGGAUAAAUACUUUACGAUACGUAAAAAGAAAAUGUGCAUUAUGCUUCAAUAAGCAUUACGUAAUGAAUUUGCGAAUCUAUAAUAUUAUGUAUAAACUUGUGUAAACUUGUAUAGGAUCUAUUUCAAUUUUAUAUGCUGUAAAAACUUAAUUUAGAGCGAAAAUAUACUUUCCUCACUUCCACAAUUUGAAGACUUUACGCACAUUCUAAGUCUUGGAUAAUAUCUGUUUAUAAAAAAGAGCAUAGCAUUAUUUAAAAUACUAUGCCUUAUGUGGAUGAGACAUAGUAUUUGAAUUUUGUCUAUCUUUAACUAGCCUGAAAUUUGAGGAUUGAGGUAGAAGAUUGAACAAUUGUAUAAAAAAACAAACAAUUGAUCAAUGAAAAAACAAUAUAUAUUAAUAUGCCUUUGUAAAGAGACUGUGAUUUGAGAAGGAAUCGAGUAAAAUUUUGGAAUAUAAGAUCAAUUGCAGAUUGUGAUUGAUUUAAAAUUAAUUAUUUCACCGCUCUGCAUUUUCAUGUUUGGCUGUUUUUGUGACUAUGUGAUUAUAAUCAUUAAAAAGAAAGUUAGUCAAAUUGAAGUAAAAAACGACCACUAUAUAAUAAUUAUGCUUUUGUGUGCUGCAUCUGUUUGCUUGAAUAGAACAGAACUUGUAAAUGUAUCGAAAGAGGUACGAAUCGUAAGAUUAUAAUAUAUUAGAAAUAAGAAAAUAAAAAAGCAUGAGUUUACAUAUGUA